UACUAGUUUACUUUAGAAGAGAGUCAGGGGUGGGAGCUGGGGAUGGAACCAGGAAAUGUCUUGGCACGCAGCGUGAAGGAAGAGGCAAGAUGGACAGGAGCAGGGCAUAUAAGGUUCCUCAGGAAUUCGGUUGACACCACGUACAGCCGGUUCUGCUGCUUCUCCUACACCUCCCGUCGGGUUCCGCAAAAAUUCAUAGUUGACUAUUUUCCAACCAACCGCUAUUGCUUCAAUCCAGGUAUCGUCUUCCUAACCAAGAAAGGCCGGCACAUCUGUGCCAACCCCAGUAAGGAGUGGGUCAAGAAAUACAUCAAACACCUGAAUGCUCAGGGGCCGCAGAAGCUGUGAGGACCCAGUGGCUUUGGUGAGGCCAGGAGGGAGCAGGAGCCUGAGCCAGGGCAAUGAUCCCACCACCCUGGAGACCACCUCUUCUGAGAGUUCCAUCUGCUAUGCCCAGCCACAUUAACUCACUUUAGUUUUAAUUUAUGCAUCAUAUUUCAUUCUACUGCAUUAUGAAAUUAGUAUUUUCUCUGACAUCUCAUGACAUUGUCUUCAUCCUCUCCCUCCGACUCUUCACACAUUCACUACGUGGAUCAGACAGUGUGAUUUGCUUUCUCCGCAGACACGGUACCAUAUGUAUCAAAUGACAAAUGCUUAUUGAAUGGUUUUGCUCAGCACCACCUUUUAAUAUAUUGGCAGCACUUACAUAAAAGGUA